AUGGCAGAGACUAACGGCUCUCUGCAACAAACCCACCUACAAAACCAAGCUUUUCAGUCGCUAUUCCAAGCCCUCGACCCCAUCGCUCUCAUUCUCUCACAGAACCCUAACCCAGAUCAGCAUCCAGUCCCCCUGAGGUUCGCCACCGAGAGCUACUCCAUGGAGAGAGGACCCAGAUACAGAGCCUACGCGGAACUCAGAGAAUCGCGGCUAAGGAGGAAGUACAUGAGCCCAGAGGAGUCCGAAGAACCCGAAUCGAAACCGACCCCAUUGAAGAAACAAGUCAAAUUUCAGACCCAUCUGACCGAUUCGCGAAAAGGGUCUUCCGUUCUCGCUCAAUCGGUGCCUGAUUUCUCAGCCGUGUUGCGGAAAGAGAACCGCAAGCCGCCGUCGAGGCUUCCGUCGAUGCAGGAGAUGACUCCGCCGGCGAAGAGUUGGGCGAAAGCGGCGGACGGGGUUCUGUCGAAUUCAAGAGGGAGUAAAUCGGCGAUCGCGGGAGAGAAGAGGCACAACAAUGGUCGAGGCAUCAUGGGGAGGAAGAGCUACGCGAGUAUGGAGGAGUUGAAGGGGUUGUCGUCCGCCGCCGCUAAUGCUAUUAGCGGCGAAAACAGGGGUGGAAGGAAUGCCAACGGCAAUGGCAGAGCAAUGCCAAAGACUGUUUUGGGGUACAGACAGUUCUGA